GCUCAAUGCACAGGCCAUGCCUCUACUAGUAACGCGGAUAGCUCAGCUACACUAGACCCUGGAGCUCCAUUACUCUACGCGUGUCUUGCACCAGUGCACUCCCCACCUGCCUCACCACCACACCACCGACGACAUAGCAAUGCCGCCCACAACCCGCUACGCCUCCACCCCGCGCGCACCCCUACCACCCCUACCACCCGUCUUACCCCUCCGCCUCCCGCGCACGCCCCAAACCCCACAAACCCCACGCCCGCGCGGCGCCGCCUCCCCCGCCACGCUCACCUCCCGCCUGUCGCGGGCAACAGAGGCACUAGUCUCGAACCCAUCAUUAUCCCUCCGCCGCGCAGCCGCACAGCACGGGGUGCCGCGAACAACGCUAUCGCGGCGACUGGCGCCGCCGCGACGCGGUCGCGUGCUCAACAUUGCGGAGGAGCGGCAGGUCCUGGCGCAUAUUGGGCAGUUGGAGGAGAUGGGUGUAAAGCUGGAGAGGAAUAUGCUGGAGGAUAUUGCCGGCAGGGUGUUGGAGAGGAGGGGGGAGCGGGGGGGUGGGAGCGGGAGGGCGGGGAUGGAGAGGGAGGAGGGGGAGGAGGAGGAGGAGGAUGGCGAGGAGGAGGAUGGCGAGGAGGAGGAUGGCGAGGAGGAGGAUGGCGAGGAGGAGGAUGGCGAGGAGGAGGAUGGCGAGGAGGAGGAUGGCGAGGAGGAGGAUGGCGAGGAGGAGGAUGGCGAGGAGGAGGAUGGCGAGGAGAAGGCGGGAAGUGUCAAGGACGGCGUGCUGAGGGUGCUUAGGGAGAGGUUGGAUAAGGAGACUGAUCCGGUGGAUAUCAAGAGGUUGGCACUUCGGAUUGGAGAGUUUGCGGCAGAAGCGUUGGAGUAUCAAGAUGCGCUAGAACAUGUGGUUGAGAGAUAUAAUGCUGCGCUUGUAAGGUUACAGGCGAGACAUAUUCAGGGGAGUCAGGAGAGUGAUGGCGAUGACGAUGAGGAUAAGGAUAAGGAUAAUGAGGACGAUGAGAAGGCCGAGAUGGGAAAUGAGACUCGAGACUAA